AUGGCCCCCGGCAGCCGCCGCCGCCCCGCGCACACAGACUUCAGGUUUCGGGCUGGGCAGCCGCUCUGGACUGGCCCGAAGACGCGCGGCCCGUCCGUGUUCGCCUACGACGCGCCCUCGGGCGGGGCUCGGGAGCAGCAGCCGAGCUGGACAGACGACCUGCCGCUCUGCCACCUCUCCGGGGUCGGCUCCGCCUCCAACCGCAGCUACUCGGCCGACGGCAAGGGCACCGAGAGCCACCCGCCGGAGGACAGCUGGCUCAAGUUCAGGAGUGACAACAACUGCUUCCUCUAUGGAGUCUUCAACGGCUACGACGGCAACCGGGUGACCGACUUCGUGGCCCAGCGCCUGUCGGCGGAGCUGCUGCUGGGCCAGCUCAGCGCCGAGCACUCGGAGGCGGACGUACGGCGCGUGCUGCAGCAGGCCUUCGAUGUAGUGGAGAGGAGCUUCCUGGAGUCCAUUGACGACGCCUUGGCUGAAAAGGCGAACCUCCAGUCCCAGCUGCCAGAGGGUGUCCCUCAGCACCAGCUGCCUCCUCAGUAUCAGAAGAUCCUCGAGAGGCUCAAGGUUCUGGAGAGGGAGACUUCGGGCGGCGCCAUGGCCGUCGUGGCCGUCCUCCUCAACAACAAGCUCUACGUCGCCAAUGUUGGGACCAACCGCGCACUUCUGUGCAAAUCCACAGUGGACGGGCUGCAGGUGACCCAGCUGAACGUGGACCACACCUCGGAGAACGAGGACGAGCUCUUCCGCCUCUCGCAGCUGGGUGAGUUCCCCUGCCGGGGCCAGGGGGCCGUGGCGAGGGCUCGGGACCAGCCUGCGGGCCGGGCCAGCUCUGCCACGUCUGGGGGUGUUUGGACCCGGCUCGGAUUGUCUGUGCCCGCGUUUCCCGCCUCUGCUGCCAAGUCCAAGCCCAUCACUGCGGAACCUGAGAUCCACGGCGCGCAGCCCCUGGACGGCGUGACAGGCUUCCUGGUGCUCAUGUCUGAGGGGUUGUACAAGGCCCUGGAGGCCGCCCACGGGCCGGGCCAGGCCAACCAGGAGAUCGCCGCCAUGAUCGACACCGAGUUUGCCAAGCAGACGUCCCUGGACGCCGUGGCCCAGGCGGUGGUGGACAGGGUGAAGCGCAUCCACGGCGACACCUUCGCCAGUGGCGGGGAGCGGGCCAAGUUCUGCCCCAGGCACGAGGACAUGACCCUGCUGGUGCGGAACUUCGGCUACCCUCUGGGCGAGAUGAGCCAGUCCCCCGCCCCAGCUGCAGGAGGUCGCGUGUACCCUGUCUCCGUGCCUUACUCCAGCGCCCAGAGCACCAGCAAGACCAGUGUGACCCUCUCUCUCGUCAUGCCCUCCCAGGGCCAGCUGGUCAACGGGGCCCACAGCACAUCCACCCUGGACGAAGCCACGCCCACCCUCACCAAGUAAGUCCCCUCGUGCUGCUUCUGAGGCCCACCGGCUCCUGCAGACCCGGCCCUCCAGCCGGGCCUGUGCCCAGCGGCCUUGGGCAGGAGCCCUGGGGUCUCGCACAUGGGGGUCCGCCUCCAGGCCGAGUCUGGAAGAGACUGCAGACUCCAUGGACGCCGGCCCUCGAGGGGGCGAGGCAGGGCGAGAGGGGAAGGGCGGCUCCGGGUCCGGCCACGGUGCGGACCGCUGCUGCUCACCGGGCCUUUGGCUGCAG